AUGGCACCCAGCAAUAGCGACUUGUCAAAGCGACGACGCUUCCAACCUCCUAUCACAACGUUCUUCACAUCCGCCUCGGAACCAGUGUCUUCAGCUACACCUGCGGUGUCACACCACCACCAUUACGCCGCAGCAACAUUCUCUGCCCACCCGGUUGUGCCUGCCAAAGUUCAGUCAUCGCUUCUGUCUGUCGGAAUGCGGGUUCGGAAAUCCGUCGCAGACGGUUAUAGAACCAACAUGUCCAAGACAGAAGAAAAGGCCCCACUCUCGACAGCUGUCGGUCAAACCCCGCGUGCUCAACCCUACCACGGCAGCAGAUACUCUGAGCUGUCACCUUUUUCCGGCACUGGUAAAUCCUCCAGCCACGAUGACUCCCUCGUUACCGACGAUGGCGACGCAUACUCGAUCCCAUCAAGCAGCCAAGACUCGGCUGUGUCAUUUGCCUUGGGCGGUCAAAAGCGGGCUUUGGAAUUAGAUGGUGACAUUCUGGUCGAUGAGGAUGUUGAUGAAUCAUCCAACAAUUUCGGAUCCUGGAACGAGAACUCAUGCGGACGAACCAUCCUGUCUCCGAAUUUGGGCCAAAGUCGCCGUAUCCUUGCUGUGCGACACAGCAAGAUUGAACAGCCCAUUAUGGACAUGGAUGACUUCGAGGAGGCUACGUUCCUCCGCCGCCGUGAGGAAGUUGACGCAGAGGAUGUGCGGAUGUACGGCGCUUGA